AUGGCCUUGUUUCUUGGUGAUGGGAAUGGUAUUUUUGAUAAAUCAACAAUUUUUUUGACAGGAGUUCGUUCUUCAAUCUCGUUUGCAAUAUGUGAUAUCAACAAAGAUCACCGUCUAGAUACAAUUGUGAUUAGCAAUGAAACAGGUGCGUUCGACAUCCUUCUGGAUUCAUUCGGAGGCUUUGCAAAUCAAAGAAAAUUUUCAACUGACUCUUCUCUACAGUCUGUAGCUGUUGGUCGUUUCAACUACGACACCCGACUGCAUAUCGUUAUCGGCGAUUCGGAGAAUAACGGUGUGGAUGUUCUGUUGGGGUACAUCAAUAUAGGUUUUGUAAAUCAAUUGACACUCACGGCUGCCAAUGAUUCACAAUCUCGAUCGUUUGUGAUUGGUGAUUUUAACAGUGAUUCUCGUAUGGAUGUUGUCGUUGCUAAUUCAGGUUCUUAG